GCCACAGAAACCUAUUGGCUAUCAUGGAUUUGUGAUUUUAUUAUAUAACUUACACAUGAGCAAAACAAGACAUUCUAUACUUUUUUAUUUUUUGUAAUCCUCUCCAUCUUUUUUUUUUACGUGUAACUCAUACGCAGAAUCUUCUUUGAUUUUUUUUUGUGUUUGUAAUAUCAAUCAUAAGUAUGUCGUCGACCGGACAAGCGCCGGAGAAGUCCAACUUUUCUCAGAGGUGUAGUUUGCUCAGCCGUUACUUGAAGGAAAAGGGAAGUUUUGGGAAUAUAAAUAUCGGUUUGGCUCGAAAAUCCGAUCUUGAGCUCGCCGGAAACUUCGAUCUCAAAGGUCAACAAGAUGUGAUUAAGAAGGCAGAAACCUCAGGAACCAGAUCCUUCGAUUUGAUUCAGAAGGUUUCUAAUGGUGAAGCCUCUACUUCUUCUGGAGGCAAAGCCAUAGAUAUAAUUGAUCUCAGUGAACUGGAGCCUGGUAAUUCACAGCUGACCAUAUUCUUCGGAGGGAAAGUAAUGGUUUUUAACGAGUUCCCUGAAGACAAAGCAAAGGAGAUAAUGCAAGUAGCAGCGAAAGCAGCGAAUCAUGUUGCUCAUGUUGAAUCGAAAUCGAAGAACACUCAGAUGAAUCUGGACAUGGACAUUAGCAUCAGCAGCAAAAGCAAUGUGAUCAUACCUGAUCUGAAUGAACCAACUAGUUCAGGGAACAAUGAAGAUCAACAAACAGAGCAGCAGCAACAUCAGGGUGUGGAACGCAUUGCAAGAAGAGCUUCUCUUCAUCGUUUCUUUGCUAAACGAAAAGACAGGGCUGUGGCUAGAGCUCCAUAUCAAGUGAACCAAAACGGUAGCCAUCUUCCUCCCAAGCCAGAGAUGGUCAGUCCAUCAAUAAAGGCAGGCCAAUCCUCACGACACUUUGCAACGCCUCCAAAACCGAAGGCACAUAAUUAAUCAUCAUAUGCCGAUGGUGGUUGACAAAAAAGGAAGGAUAGUGUUCGAAAGAUCUUCAACUCAAGCUAUAGGGGAUAUGAAAGUGACGAGUUCAUCAUGUUUUUAGUUUCACUUAUUUAGGAUUUGAAGCCAAAUAUACUUAUAUAUAUAUCAUUCCAUACUUUUGACCAAUCUGAGUGAUUUAUAGUGUAUUUACGUAGCUAGUAUUAUUUUCAUAUAUCUUAAAUUGAAUGUAAAAUUUAUUUAAAAUCCAAAAAAAAUUGUUUUACAA